UCGUCUUCGAGUUACACAGUUCGCUUCGCUUUUUCCACUCCCUGAAUUUUCAGACGCCCAUAAUUGCCAUUACAUAGAGAGAAGUAUGAUUUUUGUCGGUGGGGAUUCGUUUAAUUUUGCUAACUCAUCUUCCUCAUCAUCGUCUCAGCAGGGAAGUAAUCUGCUGCUUGAUUUAAUGAAGCACCCCAUCUUGGAAUCUGUUUCUCAAUCGUUCAAGUCUAUUCAGGAGAGGAAAGUUUCUUCCAGAGAAUAUGGUUCUGAGGGAUUAACAAAGAGUAAAUAUGUUUACAUCUUUCAGCGAGAAUAUGCAACUGUUCACCCUGGGCUUGUGGAUUUUGUCGGCACUGAUGAAGCAACAACCUGUGUGGGCCUAGUCAUCCGGAACCAACUAACUGGAAUGACUUCUGUAGCACAUUUGGAUUCCCCCAAAGUUGUGGAUUUUGGCCUUACCCAGAUGCUAUCACUAAUUGUUGAUGACACUUCUGAUGCUGACUUAGAUGUGCAUUUGAUUGGUGGCUUUGAAGACAUUGCUUCUAAACAUGCUCAUUCAACCACUGGGUCAGAACGCAUUUCAAAACCAGAUGGUUAUUCCUUUCCUCUGUGUACCAAAAUUAUCGAAAGUUUGCAGAAGAGACCAGAAAACUUCCACAUUAAGACCCUCUUUGUUCUUGGGCAUAACACCAAGUGGGACUCUCAGGGAAAUGCAUACCCCAUUUUUCACGGGUUCAUGUCACUGAAGCCAUGGACUCACUCGUAAUUUUGACUGCUGGACUGGAACCCAUGUGGUGUAAAUUAUCACACAACAUACCCCCACAGAUUUUAAGUAAAAGAAAGAAAAAGAGAGUACAUAAUGAAUUUUAUACGACUCAAGCAAUAUGAUUAGAUCCAUGAAGCCACCUGUGAUUUUCUCCUUGAAGAAGUGGAUUAAAGAGAAAACAAGAAAGUGCAAGAGUGAGCCAAAACUAUACAACCAACUUGAGAAAGCAAAGCUAAUGUGAAGUGUAUUAUGAUACAAGUAUGCAUUAUAUUUGAAGGAAGGAAACAAAUACUUAAAUGAAACUUGUAUCUGAUUAAUGCUAAGUGUUUGGCUCAUUUGCUAUAUCAAAUGAUAGUCGAACUUCCAAAGUGUUCUACAAUUUCUCAAUAGGUGGGAACUCUUCUUUUCAAAGAAUAAUUUAUGAUAUUUAUCAUUCAACAUAUAAACAUGGUGUCCUUAUUAUUGUUGAUGAAAUGUUUCAUAUCUUAUUUAUU